AUGGCAGCUGCACAGCUGCAGAAGCUCUUCGUCGGAGGUUUGAGCCUUGAAACAAGCGACGCGAGCCUGAGGAGGCAUCCUGAGCGGCGGGGAGUGCGCACAGACUGUGUGGCGACGAGAGAUCCAAGCACCAGGCACUCCAGAGGCUUCAGGGUUGUCACACACGCCACUGUGGAGGAUGUGGGUGCGGCCAUGAAAGCAAGGCCACACGAGGUGGAUGGGAGAGUUGUGGAACCCAAGAGGGCCGUCUCAAGAGAAGAUUCUCAAAGACCUGGUGCCCACUUAAGUGUGAAAAAGAUUUUUGUUGGUGGCAUUAAAGAAGACACUGAAGAACAUCAUCUAAGAGAUUAUUUUGAACAGUAUGGGAAAACUGAAGUGAUUAAAAUCAUGACUGAUCGAGGCAGUGGCAAGAAGUGAGGCUUUGCUUUCGUAACCUUUGAUGACCAUGACUCUGUAGACAAGACUGUCAUUCAGAAAUACCACACUGUGAAUGGCCACAACUGUGAAGUAAGGAAAGCCCUAUCUGAGCAAGAGAUGGCUAGUGCCUCAUCCAGCCAAAGAGGCCGAAGUGGUUCUGGAAACUUUGGUGGUGGUCGUGGAGGGGGUGGAUAUGGUGGCGGGGGAUAUGGUGGCGGGGGAUAUGGUGGCGGGGGAUAUGGUGGCAGUGGAUAUGGUGGCGGGGGAUAUGGUGGCAGUGGAUAUGGUGGCAGUGGAUAUGGUGGCAGUGGAUAUGGUGGCGGGGGAUAUGGUGGCAGUGGAUAUGGUGGCAGUGGAUAUGGUGGCAGUGGAUAUGGUGGCGGGGGAUAUGGUGGCAGUGGAUAUGGUGACAGUGGAUAUGGUGGCGGGGGAUAUGGUGGCAGUGGAUAUGGUGGCGGGGGAUAUGGUGGUGGAAGCUUCAAUGAUUUUGGCAGUUAUAAUAAUCAAUCUUCAAAUUUUGGACCCAUGACAGGAGGAAACUUUGGAGGCAGAAGUUCUGGCCCCUAG